AGAUUUAUCCCAAAUAACCUUUUGAAUCUAUCAUUCAAGCGCUCCAUCCACAUAAAAACCAUGUCUACCCAAAAAGCAGUCGUUCACGUCUCAAAAGGUGUCUCUGAAUUGAGGAACGACGUACCCCUACCUAAAAUUCCAAGCGACAAUUGGCUUCUUGUCAAGACCAAAGCUGUAGCACUAAACCCAACUGAUUGGAAGAACAUCGAACGGUCAACAGCACCUGGCGCUAUUGCCGGGUGUGACUAUGCUGGUGUAGUCGAAGAAAUUGGCAAGAGCGUGACCACCUACCAGGUCGGAGACCGAAUCGCCGGCUUCGUUCGUGGAGGCGACCCAGCAGAUCAUUCCAAUGGUGCUUUUGCCGAGUACAUCAAGACCAAGGCCGGUAUCAACGCAAAGAUCCCCGAUAACAUGUCUUUCGUGGAUGCCGCAACCUUGGGCGUCGGAAUUACCACAGUCGCCCAAGGCUUGUAUCAGGAACUUGGCCUGCCACUACCCCCAGCCAAGGUACAAGAACCUACCUCGGUGUUGAUCUAUGGUGGAUCUACUGCAACAGGUACACUUGCCAUCCAGUUUGCGAAACAAUCUGGCUGCGAAGUCAUUGCAACGGCCUCUCCGCACAACUUCGACCUGCUGCGCAAGCUAGGCGCGGACCACGUUCUCGACUACAACGAGGCCGAUGUAGGUGCCAAGAUACGGAAGGCGACAAACGAUAAGCUCAAGCUCGCGUUUGACUGCAUUGCCGAAGGCAAUUCUUUCGACAUCACCGCUGCAGCCAUCAGUUCCAGUGGAGGUCACAUGUCUGCGCUCCUGCCAGUGAAGGACUACCCGAGAAACGACGUCAAAACCAAGUUCACCUUGGCCUACACGGCGCUUGGUGAAAAAUACGACGAUAAACGCGAUGCCAGCCAGACUGACUACGAAUUCGGUGCCAAGUUCUGGAGACAGGCUGAAGACUGGCUUAACAACGGCAAGAUCAAGACGCAUCCAGUCGAGGUGCGAGAUGGGUUGGCCAGUGUUCCGCAAGGUCUGCAGGAUCUGAAGGACGGUAAGGUCUCCGGUGUGAAGCUUGUGUACAGGGUCGAGUAAAGAAUCUUACUGCGUUCAAAUAGAGGAUGAGAGAGAGCACACAGUAUGACUGUAAAGGAUUAUGCUCAAGGGGCAGUCGCAUAGACAUACCAAGAUCGGGACAGGACAUAUAUAGAGCGAUAGUGUCUAAGCGCCGCUUGGACGCUCGCAAAAGGCCCGAAGGCAUGAGCGAGAAAUACUCUGACUAGGCAUCGACCUCAAUUGUAUAGUAGUUUUCGUGGGGCAUAUCAGGCAUUGACCUGUUCGGCACGGUAGUAGUUACCUUAUACAAUACUAAAAGCUUUGCUUUACUACCCA